UGAAUCAACAACUACAACUUCAUCUUUGCAAAUAAUGGCGGAAGAAUUACAGAAAGCACAUUUAUUUUACGAUGAUAUCAAUAAAAUAAGGGUGUUAGAGGCUUCCGUCCUCAAGGAAACAGAAGAUGUGAAAAAUACCUGUAAAGAUUAUGAAACAAAAGUACAGGAUUUCAAGAAAACUGUAAACUCGCUGCUUGAAAUGUUGACGGCUUUGGGUGACAAUGUAGAAAAGCAGAAGAUGGCUGCAAUAGGUGCGACAAACCACCUUAAAUCUAUAGCUAAAGAACGAGAAUCUGAACAGGCGAAAUUGCAGGCUGAAAUAAACGACAAAACUGUGAUUCUAGAGCAACUGGAUAGUGAAUAUGAUGCGCUGCAAAUCCUCGAGGCGACUCAAGUGGAGACAAUUGAAUAUCUCACACAACUUAGAUAAACAAAUUAUAUUUAUAAAUAUAACGUAAUAAACUGAUAAAUAUACUAAUUUAUAUAUUGGUUCCUGCACUUAAGAAUGGGGCCACCCCUAAAGACCUGCCUUGCCCACAUCUGCCGCAUUAUUUACGAAUAUUGACAAGGUUUAUCCUCCCUCUUUAUCUCCAUUCGUGAUUCGUCUAUCCAUUCGUGAUCUAUCCUGGAUUGUGGUCUAAGCCGGGUUUCUCCCCAUGAAGCACGCAAAUGAGAUGAAAUCUUAGGGAUUCUACUGAGACUAUCACCACAUCGACACACUAUAGAUACUUUUUUACCAACAAUUUCCUUAGCAGGAUGAUGGUAUACAUUUUGAUGUACAAGUACACGCUAUAUUAUUAAGCUUUAAAAAAUAAAAGAAUAGAAAUACAGUCUGUAAAAA